GGUGAAGCCACGUAUAUUUUGAUUUAGUCGAAGCAGCGGUUUAAGAGCAAGAACUGACUCGCGCAUGGAAACCACAAGACACAAAAAUGGCAAUGAGAGGAGCAUGCACUCUUGCAAGACAAGUAAACCAAAAGCUUCCCGUGCCCAUUCCUCGCUGUCUCGGCCUCAGAUUUUAUUGCUCCUCCUACUCUCAUCCUCUCCAUGGAAGGUUUUCAUCAAAUCCCACUUCUCAAACUGUUUUUAAAUAUCCAAUUCGUGCAAUUCAUGAGGCAACGGUGGAUCCCGUAACCAGCAAGAAACAAGAUAAGGAACAAUCUCCUCAAAAAUGGAAAAUUAAGAUGCUUUAUGAUGGAGAUUGCCCACUUUGCAUGCGUGAGGUUAAUAUGCUUAGAGAGAGGAAUAAAAGUUAUGGCACCAUAAAGUUUGUUGACAUUAGCUCAGAGGAUUACUCUCCAGAGGACAAUCAAGGCCUUGACUACGAAACUGUUAUGGGAAGAAUUCAUGCAAUCCAUUCUGAUGGAACUGUAGUUACAGAUGUUGAAGCAUUCAGAAAACUGUAUGAACAAGUUGGUCUUGGAUGGGUUUAUGCCAUUACCAAGUAUGAACCUAUUGGAACCAUCGCUGAUGCUCUAUAUAGUGUUUGGGCUAAAUAUCGUCUUCAAAUUACAGGCCGACCUCCUUUAGAGGAAGUUUUGGAAGCACGAAAAAAGAAGGCUGAAGUAUGCAAUGAUAACAGUGCUUGUAAGAUGUGAGAUCUCUUCAAAAAUCCAGUGAUUAUAAUUAUAAGUUUCAUCUUUUGAACUUUGCCUUGAGCCCUUAUCCAAAAGUUGCACAAUUUAAGAAGAAAUACAUCUUCCUUUCUGGUACAGGAGAACAUGUCCUAGAGAAUCUGUUUAAAAACUUGCAAGUACUGUAAUAUGCUAUGUUACAUGAAUGCAUAUGUAAAUUGCACACUUGUAUAUCUAUGGAAAUCAAAUUUUUUAGCAAA